CAUUGCUUGCAAGAGUUCAGAGUGCACCAAACGGUACGUACAUGUACAUCCCACUUGCAGCUUAUUCAAACGAGAAGAAAUGCAUAUACAUACAGCGGUUGGUGCUUGCUCGAGGGGGGGCACGUCGGCGAAACAACUCCAUUGCGUUCUUCCUAAACACAAGCGCCUUUUCCGCCGUAAUAUUCUACUUAAAGACCUCUCCACCGGUGACUCCCAUGUCCCAAAGCAACAAAAAGAUGCUCAAGACUGAUGGUUGAGAAGGGUGGAUAGAGUUGACAUAUCGUUCUCCUCAUAAGCUUGUCCAGGAGAGCUCUAGAGAGAAGAGAAGACGACCAAAGAGUGCGGGAUGAAGAACAUGGCGACUGUUCCAAUGACGAGGCCUUCGGCACCACUGUAUCAGCCUCGUGGUCCUUGUGUUCGUCAGCAAAGGAUGGCAGGCCGAGUCCAGAGCAUCACCCGGGCGGAGAUCGACCAUUUCUGGAGGAGGAAGAAGCUGGAAGAGGAGGAACACCAGCUCGCCGAUGAGAAGGAGGCUGCAAGGAUCAGAGUCAGGACUCUCAAGCAAGAAGAAUAUGUGCUUUUUGAACAAAAUAUAAAAGGGAUAAUAGAAGGGAACUCUGAGAAGACGAUGGAUGGAGAGAUCACCAAUAACUGUGACGAGGAUGCCAGGAACAUUCAGAUGCGAAUUGGCAUCAAGGAUUGGUGGAGGAAAAGCAGCUGUGCAUAUCUAAAUGAACCAGCAGUAACAUCCAUGGAUGGUAACAGCGCUCCAAAGGAUACCGCCACAUAUAAUCCACAGAAGAUACAUUUUAGGUGCUGCUCACAGGCACACCAGAUAAAUGUAACUGCUAUUGGGAUCUUUUAAGCGCUGAUACCAAGAAUAAUAUGAACCAUAGAAACGCAUAUUGCUUAUGCGUCUGAACAUAAAUUUGAGUCUUCUGUUGUGUUUGACUGUUUGUCAAUAAUAAGAUUGAU